AUGGAUUGGCUUAAUUUUAUACUGACGUAUUUUGCGUCUAAAAACCUGUCGCUAAUUACGGCAUUUCUGUGCUGGACUCCAGAAAAUGUGACCAAAUUUGUGUCGCUCGCGGGCUCGAUGGAGAUAAGAAUCAGAAUCUACAAUGACUUCCAGAAUCUACCAGAAUUACCUGCAUACCGUGAUUACCGCGAAGGCAUAGUCUUAGGUAUUGGAUGCGAUGGAGCGGAAAAUGUUCUUAAUGAAGCAUCAGCAAGUCGUGCGUUCAACCACCGUCACUCCUGGCUUCUCCUUCAUGAUGCUCCACAAAAUAUGUCUUAUUUAGAAGAUAUUCUUAGAGAUACUGUUAUGCUUCCUGAUUCUGAUGUUGUGGUUGCUUUUGAAGACACAAUGUUUGACGUGUACAGAGUGAAGAUUGGCGAACCUCUAACUACUUUGAAUCUUGAUAUGGAUGAAAGCAGAGAUAUGGUGGCACUGCAAGCGAAACUUCCUUCAGCCGUGUCGAGGAGAAAGGAUUUGCAUAACUUGUAUUUGAAAGCAGCUACUAUUGUAAGUCAGCCGCAGUACUUCAAGGGCUGGUCGGAUCUGACAAACCGACAAAUUGAUACAUUUCCAAAGCUUACGUAUCCGCUGCUUAUGAUUUUAGCUGAGGAUCUACAUUUUCGCUACAACCUGAAGCAAAUAGACUUUUACGGCGAGGAAAUAAACGGGUCCUUCAACGGGCUGGCGGGGAUCCUGCAGCGACAAGAGGUGGAGGUGGGAGUCACCUCCAUGUUCAUGAGGAAGGACCGCUGGCGAGUGCUGCACUACUGCUCCGAGACUGUUGAGCUGGUCGGCGCCUUCAUAUUCCGGCAGCCCUCCCAGUCAGCGGUAUCGAACGUGUUCCUGCUGCCGUUCAGCGCGGGCGUGUGGGCGGCGGCUGGUGCUGUGUUCCUGGGAGCUGGCGUGCUGCUCGCGGCACUCGGCUUCGUGGCACGGAGGAGCGCACUUGGUGACGAGACCGCAAGGCGGCUGAACCUCAAGGAGGCGUUUACUUUUGCGAUCGGGGCUGUUUGUCAACAAGGUUCCGACCUAUCACCACAGAUUCUAUCAGCGCGCAUCCUCAUGCUGUUCACGUUGCUCUCUUCUCUCUUCGCCUUCACAUCAUACUCCGCGAAGAUUGUCUCCAUUCUCCAAGCACCAAGCAACGCCAUACAAACAAUAGAUGAUCUGACUCACUCGCCUAUGGGCAUGGGAGUUCAAGAGACUACGUAUAAGAAAGUUUAUUUUGCGGAGAGCACAGACCCAGCGACCCAGCGACUGUACCGUCGCAAGCUGCAGCCGCUCGGAGAUGGCGCCUACUUGAGCGUCGUGGACGGUAUAGAGCGCGUCCGACGAGGUUUAUUUGCCUUUCAGGUAGAGCAAAGUUCUGGCUACGACGUGAUCAGCAGAACGUACACGGAGCGAGAGAAGUGCGGCCUCAAGGAAAUCCAGGCUUUUAAACUACCAAUGGUAGCCGUCCCCAUCCGAAGACAUUCUGGAUAUCGGGAUUUAUUUGCGGCCAGACUUCGCUGGCUCCGGGAGACGGGUCUCAUGGACCGCAUUCGCCGCACAUGGCUAGCGCGGCGGGCGCGCUGCGACGCGGGCGGCGGCGGCUUCGUCAGCGUGGGGCUCGCCGACGUGCUGCCCGCGCUCGCCGCGCUACUCGCCGGCGCGCUGCUGGCCGUGACGCUGCUGCUGCUCGAGCUGGCUAUAGCAUGGACCCGGCACGGCACAGCUCGCUGCGUGCCGUGCAGUAACUAA